GGAACAUGAACACCACCGGCGACGUCGCCAAGGCCAAGCCGCCGAUUCGCUUGCGCACCUUGUCUGCACCAAAGCCCACACCGGCGAACCAUGCAGUCCUUGCAGAGCGACUUCGCAGCGCUGCGUCCCAAGCGGCUUUGGCUGCGCCGCGAGGCAAAAGAGGCAUGACGACAAGCAAGGCCAGCGCCAAGCUACCAUUGCAGCCUUCGCCCAUGGCCAAGGCCAAGCGAGCUUCACGAGCCGAGCUUGCCGAGCUACCCAGUGACGUUUCGUCCGAAGCAUCGGCUUCGUCGACCACGUCGGGCGACAGCGACGAUGCCGACUACAGCGAGGACGACGAGACGGCGACGUUAGAUUCCGCUCCACAGGUGGCAACAAGGAACCACAGCGCCGUGUGCGCGUACGAGAAGCAGCGACUUCUCAAGAUGCAGCAAAACGCCGCCUACCUCGCGACGCUCGGUCUCGCCUCGACCAAGACGAGCCUUCGCGACGCCGCCAAGGUGGUGCCAGCCAAGCCGGCGCGCAAGCGACCGCCAACGGCUCCCGCGCUACCAACGCGAACGUACGCACUGCGCCGUCGCACGCUGCCGGGGGCGUCGUCCGUCAAUGAGCCGUCGCCGUCGCCGCCGCCGUCGCCACAGGCCACGUACGAAGACUCGAGCGUGCACAAGUACAUGUGUUCGCUAGCACCGAACGCGGCACGGCAAGGUGACGCGUCGGCAUCAUCGACCGCGACCCUGGUCUUUCAGACAGUGGCGGCGCACGACCGCAUGGACGCACAUCUCAAGAAGAUUUACUCAAUGGACAUGAGCACACCGGGCCUUCUCGCAACCGGUGGGCACCUCGGCUUCGUGUCUGUCUACGGUGCCGACGUCGUCGCGUCCGGUGCCGCGCCGUUGCAGUCGUUCCGCGCCCACGGUGGGUGGGUGUCGAGCGUUCGGCUCUUCGCGACGGCGUCGGCCUCGCUAUUGGUGACCGCGUCCAAUGACUCGUACGUCAAAGUCUGGGACCUCCACCAAACGAAUAGCAACGACGGGUGCCCCAAGGAGGUCACUGCCACCAACGAGUUGCACCGAAGCGGCAUCUUCAGCCUCGACCUAUCGCACGAUAGCCAAGUCGACGCACGACUCGUCACGAGUUCCAAAGACCAAUCAGUCGUGUUGAGUCGGUUGACGCCUGCGGGCAUCGUUCAAACGGAAGCCACGUAUCAAGACCAUGCAGGGGUCGUCAAAUGCGUCCGGCUUGCCCGUCACGACCGGAAUGUCUUUGCAUCUUGUGGCAACGACCGCGCCGUGUACAUUCGCGAUACGCGGUCGCCUGCAGCUGCGCCGCUCGCUCUCGCCGAGCUCCACACGCAGGCCGUCAACUGUGUUCGGUGGCACCCACAGCGAGAAACGCAGCUCCUCACCUCGGGCUUUGACGGACAACUCUUCCUCGUCGACACGCGGCAGCCCAAGGCGCCCGUGCAGACGUUUGCCGUGCCGACGACCACGCGCCUCUUCAACCCCGAAUUUGUCGCGGGCGGCUACAUUGCUGUGUGCUUGGAGAAGACUCUGACAUUGUACUGCACGCAGUCGGGCGCCGUCUUUAGUCGUGGCAGCAUGGAGUACGACGGCGACUCGAUCCUUGUAACACCGUCGCAGUCGAUUCUCGUGGCCCACAAGCACAUUGUGUCCCUGUACGCGUCCGAUUGACUAAACCUCGACUAAACCCAGCAAUGCGACCAACUGCGCGUAUGUGCUUCGCUACAUGCCGUCGAUUCAUCGAUCCAUCGACCGUGUCCAGUACGCAGUGUCGUCGAGGUGGUGGUUGAAAUGGGUUAUCUAUUCCGAUGGAAAAAUGCUAAAUAAAAAUGUCGGACUUUC